GUCAUCAGAUUUCAAAAAUAUAUGACGGUAACUUGUGUUAAUUUUAUGGAAAAUAUAAAUAGUCUGACAUAAUCUGUCAAGCAUUUACAGUAUACAUUCUCCAGUAUCAUAAAAUAAGUCUGCUACUGAAUAUAUAAAGAUGUCCAAAUUAUAUAUUUAUGAACCAAUAUCACGAGGUACUGACAACGCCAUAAACCAAGACGAACUGCAAUGGAACGGAAGCGAUGAGGCAGAUGAAGACGAUGAUGCACCAACACUGAUGAGCGAACCGCCCACACUUGGACACAGAUCCAUGUCAUUAAUUUCGGAUGUGCAAAGUAGAUUACUGGACUCUCCGAACACCUUUUCACUAUUAACCGGGCACCGGCAAAAGAGGACUUCGGCAAUUGUGGAUUUAUUCGCAAACCAUAUCGUUUUUAAACAUAACCAAGUCAAUGUGUUGAAAACUAAACAGUCUUUUGUAGAAAAAUGGGAAGUGUUUCCACGUCAACAAUUAUAUCAGAAGCCACCUGUCAUCAAGUUUCUCUCGCCGAAUUCUGGAAAAUGCCAAGGAAAGUCUUGUAUGGGUUUGUUUUACAGUCAAAACUUAAGCGUUGUCUCCGAUCAGCAACUGCCAAAUGCCAAUAUUUGUAAGGACUUUUUGGAGGUUGUUGACAUAUCUAAACUGGUGGUCAACGAUAUUUUACAAAAAGCUACAGACAGGGGACAGUGUAUUUUCCAUCCUCCUCUGACAACAGACGUGGAAGGGUGUAUACCUCCGAGAGUAUACACUCUUCCACGUACGGAGAACCACAUGCCCUUCACACUCAAGGAGCUUCCGGCUGAGGUACCC